AUGACCAUCACUGAACCCACCACCUCCCUCCCCUCGCACCAACGCGCCGCCGUCCGACAAGGCACCGGCCCGACCUCCACAACCACCAUCUCAACCAUCCCCGUCGAGAGACCCGGCCCAGGCCAAAUCCUCGUGAAAAUCACCUGGACGGGUCUCUGCGGCUCCGACAAGGGCCUCCUGCACGAUGAAUGGGCCGGUUUCGGGGUAAGUAUGAGGCCCGAGGCCAAGGGGAUCGCCGGCCACGAGGGGGUUGGUAGAGUAGUUGCCGUAGGCGAGGGGAUGGAGAAGCGAUGGAAGAUCGGUGACCGAGCGGGAAUUAAGUGGAUCGCGAGUGUGUGUGGGGAGUGUGAAUUCUGUUUGACGGGAACGGGUGAAGUGAAUUGCAUCAAUCAGAAGAAUAGUGGGUUUACGAUGCCGGGGACGUUUCAGGAAUAUUGUCUUGCCGAUGGACGGUAUGCGUCUAGGAUUCCGUAUGGGGUGAGUGAUGAGGAGGCUGGGCCGAUGAUGUGUGGGGGGUUGACGGUUUAUGUGGCUUGUAAGAGGUCGAACGUCAAGGCUGGACAGUGGAUUGUCCUCCCUGGUGCUGGAGGUGGGCUUGGUCACUUGGCUAUUCAGUUUGCGCGGGCCAUGGGCAUGAGGAUCAUUGCUAUUGAUAGUGGCGAGGAGAAGCGCGAGCUGUGCCAGCGGCUUGGGGCAGAGGUGUUCAUCGAUUUCCAGCAGACGCCCGAUGUGGCGGCAGAGGUCAUGAAGGUCACCAAGUAUGGUGCUCAUGGCAUUAUUGUGACAGCGGCCACCAAGGCUGUUUAUGCGGCGGCACCGGGGUAUCUUCGGCCAAAUGGCACGAUGGUGGCUAUUGGGUUGCCCAAUGAUCCUACGAUCUUGGCUGGUGCACCGCCGCUGAUGAUAGCACUCAAGAAACUGAACAUCGUGGGAUCCAUAACUGGUACUUUGCAAGACACCCAGGAGGCGCUGGAGUUUACUGCAAGAGGCAUUGUUCAUCCUGUUCUAACCAAGGGCAAAUUGGAGGACUUGGACUCAUGGGUCGAUAAGAUGGCCAAGGGCCAGCUGGCUGGUCGUACUGUCCUUCAAGUGAGCAGUGAUAACUGA